ACCGACAAUUACUCCCAUCAAUUAAACCCUUUCUCAAUCUCCUACUCUUAUAUAUAUAUGUCUUGAAAAGUUAUGUCGAUAACAGAAAGGUAAUAAAUUGGUUAAACAGGCAAAUGGAAGGAAUGAAGUGUAGGAGAAGUAUUAAUAUUCUUAUAAUUGGAUUAAGUCUGGCAAUUGGAAAUUGUUCGUCGUGUGAUUUCAAGGCUAUAUUCAAUUUUGGCGACUCCAACACCGACACCGGCGGUUUCUGGGCGGCUUUUCCGGCGGAAAGGCCGCCGUACGGCAACACUUACUUCAAGAAACCCGCCGGACGCGCCACCGACGGCAGGGUUAUUAUCGACUUUUUAGCCGAAGCAUUGGAAUUGCCAUUUAUAAGCCCAUACUUACAGUCGAUAGGAUCAAAUUAUAGUCACGGCGCAAACUUUGCGACAUUGGCAUCAACCGUGCUUUUGCCACAAACAUCAUUGUUCGUGUCCGGGCUUAGCCCUUUUUCCCUCGCCAUUCAGUUCAAUCAACUCAAGCAAUUCAAGGUUCAAGUCGACCAACAUCAUCGCCAUUCCGCUGAGUAUAAUCUUCCCGGGCGAGAUGUAUUUGGAAAGUCUCUCUACACAUUCUACAUCGGACAAAAUGAUUUUACUGAAAAUUUAGCCGAGAUCGGUGUAAUUGGAGUAAAAAAAUUCCUACCAGAUAUCGUGUCUCAAAUUAGUUCAACCAUAAAGGAAAUCUACGCCUUAGGGGGGCGAACAUUUUUCGUGUUAAAUAUGGCUCCUAUUGGGUGCUACCCUGCAUUUUUGGUGGAGCUGCCCCAUGACGGUUUAGACAUCGACUCAUUUGGCUGUCUGAUCUCUUACAACAAGGCUGUGGUCGACUACAAUAAUAUGCUCAAAAAGACAUUGGUACGAGUGGGAAAAGAUCUUCCCGGCGCACAUGUUGUUUGCGUCGAUAUCCAUUCCAUAAUGCUCGACCUCUUCCAACAUCCUAAAUCUCAUGGGUUCAAAUUUGGAACAAAAGCAUGUUGUGGCUAUGGAGGCGGGAAGUACAACUUCAACAAAGACAUGUUUUGUGGAAACUCGAAGAUAAUCGAUGGUAAGAAUGUGACAGCAACGGCGUGCGAGGACCCGUACAACUAUGUAAGCUUCGAUGGAAUUCAUGCGACAGAAGCGGCUAACAAACUUGUCGUUAAAGCUAUGCUUACGGGAUCUUACUUUUAUCCUCCUUUCAAUAUUUACAACUAUUGCGACAUUAAGCCUAUCAUUUGAUUCUCAUUGUUGUCUCCCAUAAAAGGGCUUGAAUAACGUUGAAUCGCAAUUUUCAGCACUGUGCUGAUUAAUUAAUAAUCGUUAGGUAGCGGCUGUAAGUUUCCACAUCAUUAAAAAAAAUAAAAAUACAACGAAUUACAGUAACACAUGCGGCCGAUGGCCAUAAAA